AGCGUUUAACUGCAGGUUGUAGCGUUACACUGAAGACAUGACAAAACUAUUUAACGUCAGAUUAGUGUGUUUGAUACUUUUUGGUAUAGUUUGGGUUAUUUACAUUGCAAAUGGAUACAAAUAUCAAAUAGACUUACAUACACCAGAUUCCGGUUAUAGCUCAAUGACACACGGUUUUGGUUAUACAGAUCGCAUCACAUACUUGAAUAAGUAUGGGCACUCUGGAAAUUCGCUUGUAUUUAAAUAUAGUUGUGACUAUGCUCGAAUAUAUUUACUAGAAACCACCAGGAAUUCGUCCGAUCAAGGAAUAUAUGAAAUAGUCUUGUAUCCUCGAACACUUUCAGAAAAAAUCUUAGUGCGUCGUAGCAAAGAUGGUGCUAUGAAAGACUUUGCAAGUACCUUCAUUCCAGGACUACUUGAACGUGUUGAUUGUCCUAACUUCCACCCAAUUUGGAUAGCAUGGGAAAAUGGGUUUUUUAGCCUUGGAAAGGGUCUUUCUCUGUAUGAGAAUGAAGUCUACAAUUGGACAGAUCCGGAGCCCUUUGUCAUAACGUCAACUGGGAUUAUGACGUCAUAUGGUGCUUCUGGGAACUGGAUAAUUUACAUUGAAGCACCGUUUCCUGGCAAGUUUGGAACAUGCAGUAUGUCCAAUACACGAGCAAUGAUGACAAUUUUGGAAAAGUACAAAUUGAUCAGUGAACAACGUUGUGGAUUUAUAUGCUCGAAUAGAGAAAACUGUAUGGGGUUCAAUUAUAAUAUCGUCAUGAAAUCUUGUGACCUUGUUUCAUCAGGAGAGGUUAUGAACACAGCUACUGAACCUCAUUGGGUUUUCUAUUCACGUGGCCUACCUGUACAAAGCGCUGACCUAUAUGUGGCUUGUUACUAAUGUAUAUUCUAGUUUUAUUGUAAAAGUGGGUUUCUGUAACUAUUUUUCAUAUUCUUAUCCUCAAUGUUCCAGAUAGAUAAAACUCGUUUGUUUCUGGAAGUCUGAUAACUUCUGUUACAUUACAGAAGGUUGAAAACAACCUUACACUAUAUAUGCGCUUGAAUUUUUACUUGAUAACAUUUUUUUUGUUCGCUUUUGAGAUUCCGUAUAUCGUCAAGUUAUUGGAAUUCAAAUGGAGACCUUACUGUGCACCACUUAUUGCGGACUUGUUUUUGUAUUGUUAUAUGUUACAAUUUAUGACUAAAAUUAGCAAAGACCCAUCGAAACAACGUUUGAUAUCAAAAUUUAACAAUACUUUUAGAUAUUUGGAUUAUAUAUUGACUCUCAAUAGU